UGAGAAGGCCUCAGGACGGCGCAUACUUUAAGGGGCCCCCCUACCCUGGGUACCCCUUCCUGAUGAUCCCGGAUCUGAGCAGCCCGUACCUCUCCAACGGACCCCUGUCGCCGGGUGGAGCGCGCACGUACCUGCAGAUGAAAUGGCCUCUUCUGGAUGUCCCUUCCAGUGCGACCGUCAAGGACACGAGGUCGCCGUCUCCAGCACACUUGUCUAACAAAGUUCCUGUUGUCCAGCACCCGCAUCACAUGCACCCGUUGACGCCCCUCAUCACCUACAGCAACGACCACUUCUCCCCGGGCUCCCCUCCCACACACCUCACCCAGGAGAUCGACCCAAAGACGGGAAUCCCCCGGCCCCCUCACCCGCCUGAGCUGUCACCAUAUUACCCACUGUCUCCCGGAGCCGUUGGACAAAUCCCCCACCCCCUCGGCUGGCUCGUCCCACAGCAGGGGCAGCCCAUGUACUCCAUUCCUCCCGGUGGCUUCCGGAGCCCUUACCCUGCCCUGGCCAUGAACGCCUCCAUGUCCAGCCUGGUGUCCAGCCGCUUCUCCCCUCACAUGGUGGCUCCCGCCCACCCUGGCCUGCCCACCUCAGGGAUCCCCCACCCCGCCAUCGUCUCCCCCAUCGUCAAGCAGGAACCGGCGCCCCCCAGCCUGAGCCCCGCAGUGAGCGCGAAAUCCCCAGUCACCGUGAAGAAGGAGGAGGAGAAGAAGCCCCAUGUGAAGAAGCCUCUGAACGCCUUCAUGUUGUAUAUGAAGGAGAUGAGGGCCAAGGUGGUGGCCGAGUGCACCCUGAAGGAAAGCGCGGCCAUUAACCAGAUCCUGGGAAGGAAGUGGCACAACCUUUCCCGAGAAGAGCAGGCCAAGUACUACGAGCUGGCCCGCAAGGAGCGGCAGCUUCACUCCCAGCUCUACCCAACCUGGUCAGCCCGGGACAACUACGGUAAGAAAAAGAAGAGGAAGAGAGAAAAGCAGCUGUCACAGACGCAGCCCCAGCAGCCAGUCCCCGAGGCAGAGGGUGCUCUGGCCUCCAAGAGCAAGAAGCCGUGCGUCCAGUACCUGCCCCCUGAGAAGCCCUGCGACAGCCCUGCCUCCUCCCAUGGCAGCAUGCUGGACUCUCCCGCCACGCCCUCUGCGGCCCUGGCCUCGCCCGCCGCCCCAGCUGCCACCCACUCGGAGCAAGCCCAGCCCCUCUCCCUCACCACCAAGCCCGAGAGCCGGGCACAGCUGGCUCUCCACUCAGCCGCCUUCCUGUCCACGAAGGCUGCAGCCAGCUCCCCGGGCCAGCUGGGCAGCCAGCCGCCCCUGCUGUCGCGGCCACUCCCCCUAGGGUCCAUGCCCGCCGCUCUGCUGACCUCUCCCCCUGCCUUCCCAGCCACGAUCCAUGCCCACCAGGCCCUCCCCGUGCUCCAGGCCCAGCCUCUUUCCUUGGUCACCAAGACUGCCCACUAGGCUGCCCGCACCCCAUGCAGGCUGUCGCGUGACUCAUCAAGUAGUAAUGAUUCAGAAGAAGACAAAAAAAAAAGGAAACUUUAUUGGUCAAUAUUUGACCACUCUGGACUGUUCUGUAAAGUAGCUGGUAAUGACAGCACUUUACAUUUUGUAGAUGUAACCAGUAGCUGAAUUUUAGGCUUUUUUAAAAAAAACAAAACGACAAAAAAAUCUUUACAAGAAAGAGAAUGGAAGAGUAGUGUGUUGUUCUCCCUGUGUGUGCUACGGUGGACAAGCCUGGGCAGAAGACACCUCUCUCUCUCUCUCUCUCUCUCUCUCUCUCUCUCUCUCUCUCUCUCUCUCUCUCUCUCUCUCUCUCUCUCUCUCUCAGUCUCUCUCUCAGUCUCUCACUCACUCUCUCCCUUCCCUGGCUCCUUGUCCACCCCCACCUGCCCCAGCUGCCCCCAUCAGUCUGUGUGGUUGCCACGGCCCAGAGCCCCAGCCUGGUACCACUUGAUCUAGACCCAUUCCUCCAUGUCUUCUGGGUCCUGACCCAAGUUUUUGUCCAGUGGUAACCACCAUGGGUCCUUCCGCCUUUGUCCUCUGCCCAGUAUAAGGCUGUGACCAUGUGCGAAGACAUCUUGGCCUGAUUUGUCUCCAGCGGCCUCCCCUUGCCCUUUGGGAGGCCCUGGCUUCUGUCCCCAGCGCCGCAAAACCCUGCCAGCUUCCAGCUCGGGUGGGGAAAGAGGUCCUGUGAAAUGGUCCCCCCCCCUCGCCCACACAUUGCAAGGGACUCAAGGUGCCUGCUACUCGCACGGUGACGUCUGUGUUCCUCCCCCGCCAGUUGAGAUCUGCACCCCACAGCUGCAGAGUGGCAGCGGGGCCCGGCCCCGGGCUCUGGCUCCGCCACCUGGCUCCGUGCUAGCACAAUCUGCCAAAGUUCCAAGACCCUCUGCCCUCCCCUGUCACCUCACAUGCUUCUUCUGUGUGUACUUCAUUUUGUUUUUAUGGUUUUUGGAGCAAUUUUAACUCCCAGUUGUUUAUUUUCACAAAAGAAAAUAAAAUUGCAAGUUGCAAGACCUUC